AUGGUAAAAGGAAAAUUUCCCCAAAGGGCUUUUAUGCUGAUCCAUCGAUUGAAGAUUUAUUUAUCAUAUCGAAAAAAGUUAAGAGAUACACAAUAUUUAUUCUUUUGUACAAUGAAAAUGAACUCAUCUCAAAUACAAAUAACUAUAAAUUCAAACGAAUUUGUAGUUGAUAUUUAUGAUAUAAAAGAAGUGCUUAAUGAUAUACUUUCUUGUUCAACAACUCCAAUAAAUGAGAAGCAAUAG